AAAAGCGUCCUCCGGCCGCGCGUUGGGAGCCACGGGGGAGGAGCAGGCCGGGCCGGGCGGAGCUGCCCCGCUGCGGCGCACGAGGAUCCGGAACAAGCUCAGCUUCCUUCUUCCCAAGCUCUGGGGAGCCCAAGCCCUCCGUGCCUGCCGCCUCCUCCUCCUCCUCCUCCUCCUCCUGCUGCUGCUGCUGGCCUGUCAGCUGCUCCUGGAGAAAGAAGCCAUCCCGCCCGCGAGGCGUCUUCUCCUGCAGCCGUGGGAAGCGGCCUGACUGCGGUUGCCUGCUUUUUCUUCUCUGCCUCUUUGGCUGUCCGGUUGCUCGCUCGUCCUCCUGCCCUUUCUUCCCUUCCUCCCCACCCGGCCGCCGCUGCCCCCUUCUCCUGGCCGGGUCUUCUGCUGCUGUUGCUGGGGGGGGGGGGUCGCUCUCCAGCUCCCAGCCAAACCCCCUGCGAACUGCCCUGCUCAGCUGUCCUUGGAGGUGAGAGGUCCGUCCCAAGUUCAAGGCGCUCGCCUCUGGAAGGCGCAUUGGGGCACCGGCUGGAGGAUCGGCUGCCUCGCGUUGCCUUGGCAGGUGAGGGGCGGUUUGGCCGGCUGAGCGCCCUGGGCUCUGAACUCUCGUCCCCCUCGCCCUGCAGAGACGGUCCCUAGGAAGGGAGGCGCAGCCGGGCGCGCCGUCCUAAGCCGGCCCUUUCCUAUGAUGAGCGCUUCGCCCGGUCGAGCGCCGCUUCGGGUGGAUUUCUCCGGGCUCCGUUUCGUCGGUGGCCUCCAUUGAUUCCGCAGACCCUCCCCCUCCUCCAAUGAAGCCUUGACCGCCUAGGCAGAGUCGUCGGAAAUCCACACCCCUCUUGGCCGCCUCCCGCUUUCCCCGGGAACGAGAGGAGCACCAUGCCGGCGCAAUGCCUGGGGACGGGGAGGCCCCGCUGCUCCUUCCGCGCGUUGCCUUUCCUCUUCGGCGCAGCUGCCCUGCUGGGCCUGCUGCCGGUGCUUCAGAGCUCCGGCUCGAAUACUCCCACGGAGAUCACUCGGCAGCCCAGCUUGGUGACCGAGGGCAUCACCGCCUCUCCGCCGGUUCCCGCCGAGAGCCCCCCCGACGCCGGACACCCCAAGAAUGUUUCCACCAACGAGCACGGCAAGGAGCGGAAAGUUUUCCCGGUCCUGGCCCUUCAAUACAAAGAGGUGCACCUGCCCUUCGAGAUCACGCUCUGGAUCCUGCUGGCCUGCCUGAUGAAACUAGGAUUCCACGUGAUUCCAACCAUUUCCAACAUAGUUCCUGAGAGCUGCUUACUCAUUGUCGUAGGACUGCUGGUUGGUGGGCUCAUUAAAGCCGUGGGAGAAACCCCUCCAGUCCUAAAUUCCAAAGUCUUCUUCCUCUUCCUUCUCCCACCCAUCAUCCUGGAUGCUGGUUACUUCUUGCCCUUGCGCCAGUUCACUGAGAACAUGGGCACCAUCUUGAUUUUUGCAGUGAUCGGGACAUUAUGGAAUGCUUUCUUCGUAGGGGCACUGAUGUACGCCGUCUGCCAGAUAAGUGGCCCUUUUUUAUCAGACAUUGGCCUCUUGUACAACCUGCUCUUUGGCAGCAUCAUCUCGGCGGUGGACCCUGUGGCUGUGCUGGCUGUAUUUGAGGAGAUUCACAUCAAUGAACUUUUGCACAUCUUGGUGUUUGGUGAAUCGUUGCUGAAUGAUGCCGUUACUGUGGUUCUUUACCACCUUUUCGAAGAGUUUGCCAACUAUGAAAAAGUCACCCUCACGGACAUCGUCCUGGGCUUCCUGAGCUUCUUUGUGGUGGCCCUGGGGGGCGUCUUUGUCGGGGUUGUCUACGGCAUCAUCGGAGCCUUCACCUCCCGCUUCACCUCCCACAUCCGGGUCAUCGAACCUCUUUUCGUCUUUCUGUACAGUUACAUGGCAUAUCUGUCUGCAGAGGUCUUCCACCUGUCAGGCAUCAUGGCGCUGAUUGCUGCAGGGGUGGUGAUGCGCCCUUAUGUGGAGGCCAAUAUCUCCCACAAGUCCCACACAACCAUCAAAUAUUUCCUGAAGAUGUGGAGCAGUGUCAGCGAGACCCUUAUCUUCAUCUUCCUUGGUGUCUCCACUGUGGCCGGGAAGCACCACUGGAACUGGGCCUUCGUCAUUUGCACCCUGUUUUUCUGCUUGAUCGCCAGGGUUUUAGGUUCUUUGAAGAACCACCUCUCCUUUAUGAACAACUACCUGACGGUGCCAACACAUAAAAUAGAUUCACCAACCAUGUCAAGGGCACGCAUUGGUUCAGACCCCCUUGCUUAUGACCCGAAGCCGGAUUCUGAGAACGUGCCCAUCAUAACCAUCGACCCAGCAUCCCCCCAGUCGCCAGAGUCGGUUGACUUGGUGAACGAGACCCUGAAAGGGAUGCACCACCUUCCGCCCUCCCCGGAGGAGGACGAAGAUGAGGAGGGGCUGAUAAUGAAGGUCAAAGAGCCGUCUUCUCCAGGCACAGAUGACGUCUUCACUCCUGGGACAGGCGACAGUCCCAGCAACCAACGGAUUAUGAGAUGCCUGAGUGAUCCAGGGCCUCGGCCAGAUCCUAACGAGGGCGAGCCCUUUAUCCCCAAAGGGCAGUGAGCCCAGAUAUGCACUACUAGACCUAGCCUGUAGGGGAGGCUCUUGCACUCAUGUGCAGAUUACACACACCCAGUUAUGCCAAUCUCUAUUUCUUUGUGUCUUUCUCUUCUCUGUCUCCUUCUCUUCAGUGUGGGAGCUUUGCUAGAAGGCAGCAGAGAGCAUCUCAAUGGAACAUAUCUUGUGACCAGAGGCAAUAGAUCUAGAAUUAACUCAGAUUCCAUAUCCCAGUUUGGGAAUGCUAGUCAUUCUAUCCAGAGACUCUCUCCUCCUGGAUAGUAGCAUGCUCUGACUACUGUUGCCUUUCCCGCUGGCAACUGCACCUUCUCGUUUCCUUCAGAGAAACGUCUUUGCUAUAAUUCCCUCCCCCCAGUUUUGAAACUGUUCUGACCCAAAUCUUGUUCCAAGGAAACAAACACCAAACAGAGAUAAAAGCAAAACCUUUUAAUGCUUCU